AUCUGCACUCACAACACCCGGCAACUUUACACCUUCAUGCCAGUGCCUGCUCCUGUACGGUUAUGGUAUAGUGAGGAGUGUGACCCUCCCUCCGUGCCUGUUGCCACACCAGUGACUGCUCAUCAUCCACGUCCGGCCCUCCCGUCCCUCCUCCUCCUCCUGCUCUCCGCCCCCGGGAUUGGAGAGCCGCUGAGCAGGGAGGGUGGGAGAGAUCACAGGAUCGGACCCUGCAUGGAUCAGCCUCUGAUUUCUGCAGGAGGAGGAGGAGGAAAGAGAUCAAAGUGCAUGAGCCAGGGCUGCAUGACCAGUAUGGAGUGACUGCCCCGAUCACCGUCUUCCGAUGGCCACAGACUCCCUGCGAGAGUGAGUGCGGGAGGAAGGCAGACGGACACCCUCCUCCCCGUCCUCAUCAUCAUCACCACCACCCGGGUCUCUAAUUCCUCUCAGGAACAAGUAACUUAUGCGAGGGUCUGGGAGUAGAUCCGGCAGAUAAUCAUGGGCUGUAUUAAGAGUAAGGAGGACAAAGGUCCAUCAAUAAAAUACAGAACAGAACCCAAGCAAGAGCCGAUCAGCCAAUAUGGCGGUGACCCCACACAGGCUGCACAGUCCCCAUCCAUCAAAGGACCGCCCGCUAACUUUAAUAGUCAUUCCAUGACCCCAUUUGGAGGUUCUUCUGGAAUGACUCCCUUUGGAGGAGCAUCUUCCCUGUUUUCACCAGUGCCAGCUCCAUACCCCGGAGGUUUGACGGGGGGUGUGACCGUUUUUGUUGCCUUAUAUGAUUAUGAAGCUAGAACAUCAGAAGAUCUUUCUUUUAGAAAAGGUGAAAGAUUCCAGAUCAUCAACAACACGGAAGGGGACUGGUGGGAAGCACGAUCUAUAGCCACUGGAAAGACUGGUUACAUACCCAGUAAUUAUGUAGCACCUGCAGACUCCAUACAAGCAGAAGAGUGGUAUUUUGGGAAGAUGGGGCGGAAAGAUGCUGAGCGAUUGCUUCUCAGCCCCGGCAACCAGAGAGGAACAUUUCUAGUUAGGGAAAGUGAAACCACUAAAGGCGCUUAUUCACUCUCCAUACAUGACUGGGAUGAAGUGAGAGGUGACAAUGUGAAACACUACAAGAUCAGAAAACUUGACAAUGGAGGAUACUACAUCACUACACGGGCACAAUUUGAAUCACUACAGAAACUUGUUAAACACUACUCUGAACAUGCUGACGGCUUGUGCUACAGACUAACAACGGUUUGUCCCACCGUGAAACCUCAAACCCAGGGAUUAGCAAAGGAUGCAUGGGAAAUUCCAAGAGAAUCUUUGAGACUUGAAGUGAAGUUAGGUCAAGGCUGUUUUGGGGAAGUAUGGAUGGGAACUUGGAAUGGAACAACAAAGGUAGCAAUCAAAACACUAAAGCCUGGAACAAUGAUGCCUGAAGCUUUCCUGCAAGAAGCACAGAUAAUGAAAAAACUCAGGCAUGACAAGUUAGUCCCCCUUUACGCUGUGGUCUCUGAAGAGCCGAUCUACAUCGUUACAGAGUUCAUGUCAAAAGGUAGUCUGUUGGACUUCCUGAAAGAAGGAGAUGGAAAGUAUUUGAAGUUGCCGCAACUGGUUGACAUGGCUGCACAGAUUGCAGAUGGAAUGGCCUAUAUUGAAAGGAUGAACUAUAUUCAUAGAGAUCUCCGUGCUGCUAAUAUCCUUGUAGGGGACAAUCUUGUUUGUAAAAUUGCCGACUUUGGCCUGGCCAGAUUGAUAGAAGAUAAUGAGUACACAGCAAGACAAGGAGCAAAAUUUCCCAUCAAAUGGACAGCUCCCGAGGCUGCCUUAUAUGGCCGAUUUACUAUUAAGUCUGAUGUCUGGUCGUUUGGAAUUCUCCUGACAGAGCUCGUUACCAAAGGAAGAGUGCCAUAUCCAGGGAUGGUGAACAGGGAGGUUCUGGAACAGGUGGAACGCGGGUAUAGAAUGCCCUGUCCGCAAGGAUGCCCGGAGUCCCUGCACGAGUUAAUGAAGCUGUGCUGGAAGAAGGACCCAGAUGAAAGACCUACCUUUGAGUAUAUACAGUCAUUUUUAGAAGACUACUUUACUGCAACAGAGCCACAGUACCAACCUGGAGACAAUCUAUAAGAUUAAAGACUCAAGUCAAAUGCACAAAUCUGCCAAAAGUAUACCUGGUUCUAAGGGAAAAAGAAGAGUCAAUGAUCCCUCUGCAUGCUGAUGGCGAACUGGAAAUCCGCAGUACAGUUGCACAAAACCACUUUGAAAGUAUUGUAAAUGGACAAAUCAUGUGAUUCAGAGCAGGUCCCAAAGAAAGGGUUAUGUUUGUGUGGAUGGUUAGGAAAGCCAUUACAAGAACAAUCAUGUUAUUUUUGCAAGUAAACAUUUCAGGAUCACAAAAUGGGCUUCUCACCGGACCAAACAUUUCAUUCCUCUUCAAUAAAAGCUUUUUGUCUUCUUGUUUAUAAGUCUAUCCAACCUAACCAAUCUCGGUGACCCACAGUAUGACAAUAGAUGCCCACAUACAGGUUUCGGGCCCAUGAGUGAGAAAAGGGUAAGCUACUGUAUUGGGUUUGGGAGAUUUUGCUUUCCCCAUCAUUAGAUCUACAGGUUAUCAUGGGUUUUAAGAGCAAAAAAAGAAUUUCAGACUACAAAAGGACAACUGUGGGAAAAUGUACGUUGGUACAGUGGUUCCCUAGGCACCCUGGGGUGCCCCUUAAUGUUUCUUUAUGGUAUUGCCAUGCAAUCACCGCCAUCCUUAAGGGACUUCAGCACCUUAUUCUAGCUCCUUGCAGUAUAGGUGUUGCCUCCAGAACCUUUCAAUCUGCACUGAACAAGCGACAACUGCUGACAAAACGUAAUGGUGGCAAAUUGAGGAAAGCUUCUACAGCCUACCCCAAAUGUGAUUUUUCCCUUCAAUGUCCUUUUUGCAAUCCAUUAUUCACAUGGUAAAUCAAAAGCCUGUAUAGAUUAUUUGAAGGGGAGAUAAUCAUUUGUAUGCAAUCCUGUCCUGCAUUUUAUACUGUUAUAUUUGGGAACUUUACCUGGAAAAAAAAAAUAUAUAUUAUACAAUAUUUAAAGGCAAAAUCCAGUUUCUCUAAUCCGGUAUCUGAAUAUUAAAGUCCUUCCACAAUUUGGGGAUUAUCUAUAGUUCAGGGACAUCAGCGAUAGCACUUUUGGCUUUUCUUUGAUUAUAACUUGCAUUAGUGUGGGGUGUCUGGAGACAAAAUGUGAAUGUUUUGAAUGACUGUAUGCAGAUUUGGUUUACCUAACUGUGGUUGGAGCAUAAGGUUCCCAGUUUCGCUGGCCGGCCAAAUAUGCUCGUGCAAAAUUUCACUAUUGCAGCUGACACAUAUCUGGCAAUAAAUGAACUUUUUGUUUUAUUUGUUUUUUCAUUAAUAUGCUUAUCUAACAAUAAAACGUGAAAUUCUAACUUGUAUAUCCCAUAAUAGCCUUGAUAUUGUAACUUGUAAAGGAUUGAGAUUCCCUUUAACCUUAAGGUAUUUGAUCAUGUAUUAUGUUUACUGUACCCAAACUGUUAUCUUUUUAUUUUAUUUCUUCAUGGCAGUGCCAUCAUUCCACUUUAUUACCUGCAAUUUCUUUAAUGAGGUGAGGCUAUAUUUUUUUUUUUAAGGGCUUUAUAUAGAAACCAUGGAAUUGUAUCUUUUUAUAAAUCUUUUCAAGCCAAUUUAACUGGAACUGUGUACUUGGUAAAAGGAAACCAGUGUUUGGCAGUCUGGCUGUCAUCCAUUGUGGUUCCACAACUAAAUAACAACUAUGUAAUAUCAUUUGUAUAGUAAAGGAUUAAAACACUAAUUAUUGCAUUUAUUUAAAAAAAAUUGUGAUAUACAGUACAUACCUAAUGGGAGAAUCUUGGUUCAUACAUUUAAUACAGUUUUAGGUUACAUAUGAUGCCUGAUGGAACAACAGGAGAUCAGUAUGUAAAAUAAAAACAACAAUUUUCAAGUUUGA